AUGGCGCCAGGAAAAGGCAACCCGGCGUCCUCAGAUGAGCGCACUCCGCUCAUCCCCUCCAUAGAACAACAGCCGGCGACCCCUCUUCCCAUCACAUCCCCGCAGGGUGAUGACAACGCCAUCCCGCCGAAUGAGUUCGACCUUCUGCUCUCCAGGUCUCUCCCCACCUCGGGGCCCUUCCUCGAGCCAGAGUCAACGGUCAACCCACUUCUCCAGGGCCCCCGGCGGUAUAGCACGGCCUCGAAGCGCCGGCCGUCGUUGGCCAGCAGGUCCGACCGGGCCUCGGAGGCGGGGAUCGAAGGUGCCAUUGCCGCCGACGACGACGAUGCAGCCUCAGUCAGCUCAACGGCGUCGACGCCGUUUCUCAACGGCAUCUCUCGGUCCCGGUUCUGGUUCAUCUUUGCGGAGAUCCUCUUGACGUAUUUCAUUGCUUGCUUCGACGGCACCAUCAUGGCGUCCUCGCACCCGGUUAUCACGUCUUAUUUCCACGCGUCCAACAGCGCGAGUUGGCUCUCGACCGCCUUUUUGUUGACGAGCUCGGCCUUUCAGCCGUUGCUGGGAAGGUUGUCGGACAGUAUUGGACGGAAACCGCCGUAUGUUGCUACCAUGGUCAUCUUUGCCAUUGCGACGCUGUGGUGUGCCCUGGCGCAGAGCAUGACGAGCUUCAUUCUCGCAAGAGCUGCUUGUGGACUGGGUGCUGGUGGAAUGAUGACGUUGGGUAGUAUCAUCGUCAGUGAUUUAGUCCCUAUUGAAAACCGCGGCGCGUACCAGAGUUACAUCAACAUGAUUUACGGCGUCGGCUCCGCCCUCGGCGCGGCCCUGGGCGGCGCAAUGGCGGACCACCUCGGCUGGCGCUGGGAGUUUGGUAUCCAGGUGCCGCCUCUCAUCCUCUGCUGCAUCAUCGCCGUCAUCGCCGUCCCCAGCGACCUGGGCCUGCAGGGCAAGCGCGAGAGCUUCAUCGAGGCCCUCAAGGCCUUCGACUUCAAGGGGUCCAUCCUCCUGACGACCUCCAUCACCUUCUUCGUCCUCGGCCUGAACCUGGGAGGCAACGUGCUGCCGUGGUCUCACCCCGUGGUCAUCGCGUCCCUCGUCAUCUUCGGCGUCUGCUUCCCCGUGUUCCUGUACGUGCAGUCGUACGUCGGCCGGCCCAUCAUGCCGCUACACCUCGUCCGUCACGCUCCUCGCGCGAACCUCAUCUUUUCAAACUUCUUCGCCGCGCUCCUUAGCAAUGCCAUCCUGUUCAACAUCCCCCUAUUCUUCCAAGCCGUGCUCCUCACGACGGCAACCUCCUCGGGCCUCCGCCUCGUCCUCCCCUCCAUCGUAUCCUCCGUCUUCGGCACCGCAACGGGGUUCCUCAUAACCUACACGCGCCGCCUCAAAUGGCCCCCGCUGUCCGGCGCGAUCUGCCUCUUCGUGGGCUGCCUCUCCCUCUCGCUGAUGCGCCGCGGCUGGCCCUCGUGGCUGUACCUCCUGUGCCUCGUGCCCUCGGCGGUCGGCCAGGGCUUCCAGUUCCCGGGCACCUUCAUGGCGAUCCUCGCGGCGAGCGACCAGCGCGAGCAGGCCGUCGUGACCAGCACGCUCAUCCUCUGGCGGUCGCUGGGCAUGGUCCUCGGCGUCGCCAGCAGCUCGCUCGUCGUGCAGAACGCGCUGGUGGGGUACCUGGACGAGUACGUCCGCGGGCCCGACAAGGACGAGGUCAUCCGGAAGGUCAGGGAGAGCGUCGAGGAGGUCGUGAAGCUGCCGGCCGUCUACCGCGAGCAGGUCGUCAUGAGCUAUGAGUCGGCGCUGAGGUUGACCUUUAUUUGCUGCACUGCCAUCGCCUUCGUGUCCAUGUGUAUACUCAUACCCAUCAAGCUUCCGAGAUUGGGUUCGCGUAAAUAG